AUGAGAAAUAUUGGUGUCCUGUUGGUUUCUGUUGCGUAUUGUUCUUAUUCUUGCUGGACUCCUGGAAAAUUAUACAGAGGAUCUGUAUCGAGAACAAAAAGCGGUAGAACUUGUCAACGAUGGGGCUCGGGCUCAACUCAUCAAGAGAACCCGAUCAAAUUGCCUCCUAGUUGGGAUAGAGCCGAGAACUACUGUCGAAAUCACGAUUACAAGCACAUGAGGCCCUGGUGUUACACAACCGACCCGAACGUACGGCAUGAAGAAUGCCCGAUUCGUCUUUGUCGGUCUUCGAAACCAGUAAAUCGCCCUACACGAAGACCAACAACCCUCCAAGCGCGAACAACAAAACCGCCCAAAGAAAUUUAUUCGAACUCAUUUUGCGAAGACUGUAACAGCGGCUUAUGCGGCUCAGUGAACGGUCCCAAUGUUUUCGGGGAAAAAGAAAACGUUACCUGCCUAAACAGUUGCCACGAAGAGCACUUUUGCACAGAACGAGUUUAUUGA